CACGCAUUUUAUUUUUCUCAAAUUUUCGGUGAAAUUUUCUCUGCAACCAAAUACACAUUUCUCGUUUCAGGGUUUACAAUUUUUGGACUCUAGCUUCUUCUUCUCUACAACUACUCUUCCUUUCUCUCUCAAAAUUUUACAAUCCGUUUAGGUUCCGUGUUCUUCAAGGGAAGCUUAACUCGCUAUAUCGAUUGAUCACGUUUUAGUGUGCGUGCUUUCAUUCUUCUUACUCAUACUUCACCAAAUCAUUCUUUAGCUACCUGCAUUUUAUUCUCCGUUGUUUGAAUGUGUAUGAUUCAAUGGCACAAAACGACGUUGGUAUUUUCUCGGGUUGCUGAAUAGAUAUUCGUUGGAAAGGCUAUUCAUUUGUAGGCAUCACUAACAGAAAUUCUUUUUUCAAGAAGAGCAGAAAGAUAAUCCAGUUUUUUUCUCCAGGUCAUGUCUCCUAAUCCAAGGGUUAUUAAAGCCUAUAAUGCUAUGAGGGCCUUAGGAAUCUCUGAGAAUGAGGUGAAACCGGUGUUGAAGAAUUUGGUUAAAGUGUACGAUAGAAAUUGGGAACUUAUUGAAGAAGACAAUUAUCGGACACUUAUAGAUGCAUACUUUGAGUUAAAGGAAGAUAAGCAGGAAGAGCAUAAGAGAAAAGCUCCAAUCAGUUCUCAUGAUGGAGAAAGACCAAAACAGAAACUUCACUUGGUUGAUAGGGACAACCAUGUUUCAUCAACUGACAACUCAAGACAAGUGUUGUCUGUAGAAGACACUGAGAUACGUCCAAAGACUUUUAAACACGAAACUAUUAAACCAUCUCAAAUUUCCAGGCAAGAUAUGAAGCCCACAGCCAGUUCACAGGCAUUGCAGAGAAGGUUGAGCGACCAAGAAAGGAUCUCAAGUUUACCUUGCAUGGCUGCUAGAGAUAAAAAAUAUUGUCCCGGGGAAGCAUCAUCUGCAGGGCAUUGUAAAGAUCCAAUUGAUGAACCUCGCCACCCUUGUAUUCAGAGAAAAAUACUGUCCAGUGAUCAUUAUCAGAAGAAGAUUACAACAUCAGGAACUGAGAAACCUAAGCUUCAUCUGGGAUCUGUUUCGAGGAGUUGCAAUGGCUCACCUGAUGCUUCAAAUGGAAAUCUUUCUGUCAAAUACCUGUCAAAUGUGUAUCAGAAUACACAAAAGAAAGAAGAUAGCCCCACAUGCAAUAAUAACAACAGAAUCAGUAAGGCUAAUAUUGAUAUUGCUGCUUCACCCUUGGGAGAAGUUAAGAUUUCUUUAAAUUGUGAUUCUGCAUUGGAUCAACCAAAUUUCCAUAUUCCUAAUUUGGAUGUUGUUAUGAAAUCCGUGGAGGAGAAAUACCUGAGGUCUUGCAAGACUGUCGAACCCCAACUAUCCAUGACGAAGCUAUUAGAUGAUUUAUGCAGAAGUUACUUGAAGAUGGGCUUGAAUUUAAGUCGAAAGGGGUUGAUUCCUAAGCCAAGGCAAGCUCUUGCUGAGGAUAAAAAGAAAUCCUUUCGAUAUUUCGAUGACAUAUCAAAAGGUUCAGAAAAAAUUAAAAUAUCAUUAUUAGAUGAGACUGAAAGUGAGGAUUUUCCAAAGUUUAAUUACAUACCAUGUAAUGUAAUAUAUCAAAGUGCUAAUGUAAAUAUUUCACUUGCUCGGAUUGCGGAUGAGGAUUGCUGUUCUGAUUGUUCAGGCGACUGUCUUUCCUUAUCACUUCCUUGUGCAUGCUCUCAAGAAACUGGGGGAGAGUUUGCUUACUCUUCACAAGGUUUGUUGAAAGACAAAUUUUUAUCAGAUUGCAUGUCUAUGCUACUGGAACCUCAAGAUCAUCAUUAUGUGUAUUGUAAAGAAUGCCCAAUUGAGAGGACUAAGAAUGAGCACAAUCCUGAACCAUGCAAGGGACAUCUGGUUAGGAAGUUUAUAAAGGAGUGCUGGAGAAAAUGUGGAUGUGACAUGCAGUGUGGAAAUAGGGUAGUGCAACGAGGUGUAAGACGUAAAUUGCAGGUGUUUUUGACUCAAGAAGGAAAGGGAUGGGGCGUUAGAUCACUAGAAAACUUGCCCAAGGGAUGCUUUGUAUGUGAAUAUGCUGGGGAAAUUUUAACCAAUACAGAGUUAUAUGAAAGGAUUGUCCAGAGCAGUGGCAAUGACAGACAUACAUAUCCGGUAACGCUUGAUGCAGACUGGGGCUCAGAAGUGGGGUUAAAGGAUGAAGAGGCAUUAUGCUUGGACGCAACAUAUAAUGGGAAUGUUGCAAGAUUCAUCAAUCAUAGAUGCGCUGAUGCAAAUCUAAUAGACAUUCCUGUUGAAGUGGAGACACCUGAUCGACACUAUUAUCAUCUUGCCCUCUUUACUAACAGAAAUGUGAAUGCGUACGAGGAGUUGACAUGGGAUUAUGGUAUUGACUUCGAUGAUCACACCCAUCCUAUUAAAGCAUUUGAAUGUUGUUGCGGAAGCACCUUCUGCCGUGAUAAGAAGCAAAAAGGAACUAGAUUAACAAAGACUAAAAAACUCAAGAAUACAUAUUCACAUAUAAAGUAAUCGUAGUCUUACCAACAUGGUGUGACACAAGUGGUAGAUACUUGAGUAUUUUAAUUAUUUGGUAAUUGAUUUAAUUCUUGAAUGGCGCGUAUGAAAAAGUUUAUGUCCGUAGAAGUCAACCCCUUAAAUGAAUCUCAAUUAAUUUGAUAGAUUAGUCUCCAUAUUUUCGUGCAAGAAUACCAUAGUUUAAAAAAAAAAACAUACCUUAGUUUAAAAAUAAAGCAGUUGAGAUUUGUUUUGUUAAUUUUCUUUCUAGUUAGCAAAUGUUUGCAAGAAAUAUUGUCAAGCGGUUUAUUUUUGUUGCUGUUGCAGGACAGGGCAGCCAUAUAGGUGAAAUUUUUUUAUGACAUUUAUGAUAGAAAUUAUUGUAUAGUUCAAAUUUGGGAACACAUUUUUUAGCAAUUAUUGAACAGGAAAAAUUAUAAUUGUAUAAAGAACAGAUUUCGUUUGGGAAUUCAUUUGCUUUUCUGCUA